AUGGAGCGAUUUCAGAAAGUGCUUGAUGCACUUCAGCGAGAAUCCAGAGAGCUUAUCACAGCUGCCCAGGAUGCGAUGAUGCAGACCCUAUUGCACGAUGACGUGGAGCCUGCGCGCAUCGCACUGAUUUUGGCACAGCGGUUUACUGAGGAGCGAAUUGCCUCCAGCUUUCCCGUCGUAUGCCUUUUGGAUGCCAUGCUCAAAGAAUCCAAGAACCCUGGUAAAGAUCCGAAGCGGCGUGCGUUCUUUAUUGCUAUUAGUCAGGAAUUCUUUAAGCUAGCGCCGAGUUUAUUUCUUCAUUUUCGUACUUCGCCACAAGCGAGUUCUGUACUGCGCGAUAAAGUACUCCGGGUGCUCAAGCGAUGGGCGCAAGCGCAGCUGUUGAGUGCAGGGCAAGUAGGGCCUCUCACACGGGCUGUUGAGUUGGGGGCGCCGCUAUCGCAGGAUUCGGGGGUGAAAAACGAAGGCACCGCUGCGGACGUCAAAGCCACGCAUACGGGUAAAGCAAACCUUGAUUCUAGCCGCAUCACUAACAGCGAUCCGGUCAAUGCUUCUGAUCAACGAAUUAGUAAUUCCGACGAAGCUGGAAUGCGCAAGGUACUCACCCAUGUGCAGGCGCAAUCGUUUCGAAGCGUUCUCCAUCAAUGUGUUGCGAUUAUAGAGCAGCUUCCGCUCAAGGAUGCACAGCCUUACGUAGAGCUCAUCCGAAGCGAAAACUUUCACCACCCCACCAUGGCGGCGCUUGCAUUCUCAAAGGAUUUAUUAGCCCAAUUGCAGCGGGGUUCGUGUUUGGCAAAGGAUCAUCAGGGGACAGUGGGUACUAUGGUGGGAGCUCCUUCUUCUUCAACAGCAGCACCAGGGAAGAGCGCCGCCAGCGAUGCCGCACGGCAGGAUGCCCGAACUGCGCUUAGUCAGCUUCUGCAUGCCAUGCCAUCCUCGACGGUGAGGGAGGGCGCAGAGGACGGCCUGGGGCCGAUGAGCAGCACCUCGACCAUGGUCACGCGAUACCGGUCGCCCUUGCUGAUGGAUAUUUUCCAGCAGUGCUCACACGCGGAGCGCACCGGAUUCGGCGAAUUUCGCCGACGUCAGCAGAGUAGUAGGGCGCUCGCCGCCUCCAAGAUGGCGAAUUAUCCCCGAAAAGAAGUCUCGACUUGUCGGCCGUUCAGAAUUCCAUCUGCCUUACAAGCCGGUGGGGGGGCCAUCCAGUGUUGGUUUCCCUCCCCAUCGCAGUGGGUCAACGAGAAGGAUGUGGCAAAUAUUCUCACUUUUUACGGCAGGGAUAGCAAUCUCCCAAAACUAGACGAGACCACGAGCAUCGGAGGCGUUCCAAGAAAACGUGAGCGCAGCGAGUGA